CGCUGCCUGCACCCAUACACUGAUAGGGAGCGUUGGUUCGCUCGCUCGUGCGGUCCCUGAAGAUGGUCUGAAACUCAAGCGCGUGUUUUUUUUCCUCCCAUCCACUGUGAAGAGCUCGAGCCGAGAGCUACAAUGUUGACGAGGCUUUUCAGUGACCCCUCGCUGCUGCCUGAUGUGCAGAAAUACUCGGGCUGGGCGGACAGCGAGGACGAGGAUUCCAAAAUCAAAGAUGAGGAUCACGAUACCCAGGACGACACGGCGGAUUCUGAGCUGAGAGAAGACAGCCGGACGCAGUCCGAGCAUAACGAGGACGACGAGCUGGAUGAAGAGGAUGACGGAGAGGAUACAGAGGGCGACAGGCCCAAGAAAAGAGGCCCCAAGAAGCGCAAAAUGACUCCGGCCCGUGUCGAGCGCUCUAAGGUGCGGCGGGUGAAGGCCAACACACGGGAGCGAACCCGCAUGCACGACCUGAACUCUGCGCUUGACAAUCUGCGUAAAGUAGUGCCCUGCUAUUCCAAAACGCAAAAACUUUCCAAAAUCGAGACGCUGCGGUUGGCCAAAAACUAUAUCUGGGCCCUGUCGGAGAUAUUGCGCUCUGGAAAAAGGCCCGACCUUGUGGCAUACGUUCAGACGCUGUGCAAGGGACUCUCCCAGCCAACGACCAACCUGGUGGCGGGAUGCCUGCAGUUGAACUCCCGUAAUUUCCUAACCGAGCAGCAGUGUCAGGACGGGGGGAGGUACGGGUCCGGCUCCUUCCCAAUGCAUUCCUACCCAUACCAGUGUGCGCGUCUCACAAGCCCCCACUGCCAGCCGGGCUCCGGCUCAAACUCGCAUCCGCUGAGGACGCACGGCUACAGCUCGACUUACGACUCUAUGUAUGGUGGGAGCGGAUCCCCGGAGUAUAACAGCCCCGAGUAUGAGGGGCCCAUCAGCCCGCCCCUGUGCGUCAAUGGCAACUUUUCCCUAAAGCACCAAGGCUCUGCGUCCCCCGAAAACGAGAAGGGGUACUACUCUAUGCAUUACUCCGGCCUGUCUGGCCCCAGACCCACCGGGCCCCCCAACCUGGUGUUUGGCUCCUCGGGGGCCCGGAGCGGCAUUCACUCUGAAAACGUCCUGCCUUACCACGACAUGCACUUACACCACGAACGGGCCCCCGUGUAUGAUGAACUGAACGCGUUUUUUCACAAUUAAAAUGAGAAGCCCGACGUGCUUCGCCUGCAAUCAACAAUCUAACCACGGCACACUUUUUAAAGAGCGUACCCGCCAGGAUUUAGGCAUUCUGGAGAGAUGUUUCACUCGUUGUCAUUAGUGUUUUCCGUUACUUUAUUCCGUCUUAACUUUUUCUUUUGCGAUAGUCAGAGAUGUAGUGGAGGGUAAUCCACCCAAACCACAAUCCUAUCCAGUUUUCCAAGAUGAAAUAAAAGAGAUUUGAUGAACAACUCAUAUCAAGGCCUGUGAUGACAAUUUAAAUGCUAUUUUAAAGUGUGAUUUGUGUUUGUAUCGGUGGUUGUUUGCAUUUUGAUGACUGGAAGUUGUUUAUUUACCACAACAUCACUGGCUACAGCUACACCUUGACAUUGGCAUGCUUUUCUAAUCUUGAGAGAUUAGAAAUAAAUCAAUGAACAAGCUAAUGCAAAUCACAUUUACUUGCCUGUAUACAUGCAAGAUUUGGGAGGUUGUGGUUUUUGAAAAUUAUGAAAUAUAAGGAAAUGCAAAGAAAAAUACUGAACCGAUGAAAACAAAAAGUGCUAGUUGGGUUGUUUUAGACGAGUCUGUUCUCCAGCAAAUCAAUCGUUUCGCAUCUAUGCAAAACCCAACGAGACCAGAGAGAGGGGCAACAAGGCCCAGAAAGACACUGUAUGUUUCAUCAGCACUGUUGCCAAACACAAACACACGCACACGCACACACACACACACGCACACGCACGCACACACACACACACACACACACACACACACACACACACACACACACUUUGGAAUGAACAUAACGAAUCUGACAAUAGGGCUGGCCAACAACAACAAAAAGGAAUAAUCCAAAUAAAAUGAAAUCAGACAUUUUCUUCAUUUUCAUUUUUUAUUCUUAUUUAUUCAUAGCCUUAUUCCUCUAAUUGAGCCAUUGUACUGUUUAUACAUUUUGGUUCAACAUUGUCGUUUUAAUUUUUAAUGCUGUGUUGAAUAGGUUAUUAUUAUGAUUACUAUUUUUAUCAUUCUUCUUAUUGCACGUAUUUAUUGUGUUGUUUUUUGUAAUUAACGUUAAUAGUCAAUGGAAAUGAAGGGAUCCCAUGUGUUGCUCGGCAUUUCUUUCAUGAAAUUCAAGUCUUUCAACUUUGUAUUCAACCAACUGUGUGGUAAAAUAAAAUGACAAUAAAUGAGACUGUGCAACUUGA